ACAAAAAAAGCUUCCCAACAACGAUACAAAAUGAAAAACUAAUGAUGUGAAAACGUCUAUAUACAGAGAGAGAAACAAUAGCAGUAGCAUAAGAUAGAAGAAGAAAUGGGAAAUCAUAAUCUUGACAUAGCUAUGUUUCCCUGGUUGGCCAUGGGCCACAUCAUCCCCUACAUCCAUCUUGCCAACCAGCUCGCUGCAAGAGGCCAUAGAAUCUCCUUCCUAAUUCCAAAGAAAACAGUGCCUAAGCUUCAGCACCAUAGCCUCCAUCCCAACCUCAUAACCUUUCACCCUCUCACGGUUCCGGACGUCGAUGGCCUCCCUCUGGGCACCGAAACCGCUUCCGAUAUACCGCUGUCUCUGAACAAUCUGCUUGCCGUUGCCCUGGAUCUUAUGGCCCACCAACUUCAAGAAAUUCUAACUACUAUUAAACCCCAGUUGGUGUUCUAUGAUUUUGCUUAUUGGUUACCUGAUAUUACCAAAAGCCUUGGUAUCAAAUCGGUUUGUUACCAUGUUGUUUCCGCAACUAGCUUAGCUUUUGCCCUUGUCCCUGCUCGACAUGUACCGGACCACCGGCCGAUAUAUGAAGAAGCAAGAGAACCACCUCCUGGCUUCCCAUCAUCUUCUAUUCUGCUUCGCUGUCACGAAAUCCUCUCAAUGAGUAUUCUUUCCAGACCAUUUGGUAACGGUGCUAUCAAGUUUUAUGAGAGGUUAACGAGGGGAAUGCAAAACUGCGAUGCCCUUGCUGUAAGAAGCUGUAGAGAAUUGGAAGGUAAGUUUUGCGACUACAUUGGAACACAAUAUGGUAAAUCCUUGCUGUUUACCGGGCUAGCUUUGCCGGAGCCAACUAACACGCCGGCCUUAGAAGAUCGGUGGGCUAAGUGGCUCGAAAAGUUCGAAAUUGGCUCGGUUGUGUUUUGUGCAUUUGGAAGUCAAUAUUUUAUUGAAAAAGACCAAUUUCAAGAACUAGUACUCGGGUUUGAGCUAACUGGUUUGCCAUUUUUUGUGGCCCUGAAACCUCCUAUUGGGUGCAAAACAAUUGAAGAGGCAUUGCCACAUGGGUUUGAGGAAAGGGUGAAAGAGAGAGGUGUGGUGCAUGGGGGGUGGAUCCAGCAGACACUGAUAUUGAGUCACCCAUCAAUUGGGUGUUUUGUGAGCCAUUGUGGGUUUGGAUCAAUGAUGGAGGGCUUGAUGAGUGACAAUCAGAUUGUGUUGGUUCCAGACUUGGUUGACCAGAUCUUGAACACCAAGCUAUUGGUUGAAGAACUGAAGGUCGCAGUGGAGGUGAACAGGGAAUUAGAAAAUAGAUGGUUUUCAAAGGAGAGCUUGAGCAAAGCCAUAGAUUCUGUGAUGGAUAAAGAAAGUGAGGUGGGUAUGAUGGUGAAAGCUAACCAUGCAAAAGUGAAGGAAGUAAUAGAAAAACCUGGUUUGAUGGAUGGGUAUAUUGACAAGUUUGUGGAAGAUCUGCGUCAGCUUGUGUAACGUAAUUAAUAAGUGGUAAAGCUGCUAGUAUUUCACAUGAAAAGUCCUGACUUCGAAUUGCCCACCCCUAAUAUUAAAAAAUAAUAAUAAUAAUAAUAGAGGUACUAAUAAUGUAUAAUACUAUUAAUAUGUACCUACAGUUCCCAUUCGAUCGAAUUGUUUGUUGCUGUUUCUAUAAUUUAAUGUGGUUAGUUUUUAAAUAAGAUGUUCAUUAGAAAUAAUUAACUCCCAUAUGUUUUAUAGGAGGAAAAAAAAAAAAAAAACGUGGGCUUGCAUGUCUAAAUGUUUCAUUUGCAGAGAUCCUUAAUAUUUAGAAUAAUUCAAUUUUUGUACUUUGAGAUUGGUUUCUAUAUUCUUACCGGAAUCCUUGGUGAGAAAUGUUGAAAUGUGGUGAUCUUGCCACAAUGUGCAAGAUAGUUCGGUUACACUUUCGCUCUUUAUUUUACAACAUCAAAGACCAAACAUUAUUUAUGUUUAUGCAUUUUAUUUUA